AUGAUAGAGCGGUGGCGAUCGGAAACGCACAUAUUUCAUCUACCCAUUGGCGAGGCUACCAUCACGCUUGAGGACGUGGAGGUUCUUUUCGGGCUGUCGGUUGAUGGAUUACCUGUAGCUUACCUGCAUGCUCUUAGAGACUAUAGAGGAGUGGAUUACCUACAUAUGUUGCAGUGGCUCACCGGUUUCCAGCCAGUGGAGCCGACUGCAUUGAGUGCGGCCAGUCGAUUGCAGCUGACGCCCGUCAGGCAGCAUCUGGCGGCGAUGGAUGCGGAGAUUACAGAUGAUUCACUGCCGGAGGAUAUCGACCGGCACACGAGAUUGUUGUUGUUGCUGAUGUUUGGUGGUGUACUAUUCCCGAACAUUUCGGGAAACCUAGUCAGCUUGAGAUUUCUACACCAUCUGGAGCGGCUAGAUAAUUUACUUGGUUACUGCUGGGGUACAAAUGUUCUAGGUUACCUGUAUAGGCAGAUGUGCCAGGCGUGCAUGGGAAUCCAUAGAUAUGUUGCCGGAUUUUUACUGCUACUGCAGUUCCAGCCACCUCUAUUACCGAUCGCUCCGGAUGCACCACCUCCACCAUUUCUCCCUUUAGCUUGGAUGUGGGUUGAUAGGCGAGGCUACAGAAGCGACGUCGAGGCUCGACAGCAUCUCCCUAUUACAAGGAUUUGA